GUAACUACCUUUUAGGAUAAUUAUGACAUCAUUAUCCAGAUAACGUGUUACUCCUCACGCUUAUUGCACAAUGCGUGGGAAUCAGAAAAAUCUUGAUUUAUUGAGGUAAGGUAGCCGCAGGAUCGCAAAAAUACACAGUGACUGAGGCUCUGAACCGAAGCACAGAUAAUCCUCUUCGCAGCUCUCGUUUGUUAGUCAAGGCAAUGACCUCCACGGGCCAGCCAGAGACAACAGUUGGAGACAAGCCGCAGGUGAGCGUUUUAGCAUGCCCGGAGGUUCCUCCUCUCUUGCUGCCUCACUACACUGACACAGGGUCAGUCUUCGUCCAUCCCCACUGCUCCUACCACAGCCUGGGACACUGUCUGCGCACAAACAUUUUUCCAGGAGCUCCUCUGGUGUGGAAGUCCCUGGUAAAAGAGUCCUACAUCGGUCACCCCUUGCCCGCUCCUCCUACAGACCCCCAGCGUUGGUACGGCCGCAGGACUGAUGACAUGGUGAGAUGGACAGAAAGAAACAUUGUGAACCAGAAGUUGAACAAGGCACUAAAGGCAAUGGAGAACAAGGGGUCUAAAUGAGGCCAUGGUGCAGUGGCCAUUUCACACCCUCACCGCAGCGCCCAUGCACUCUCCACAUCAUUUACACCCCUUUUUACACAUAUAUCUACAUGCAAGCCCUUACAACACCUUUCUGGUACGCUCGCUCACGGUUGCUCAUGCAUGCACGCACACGCACAUGCACACACACACACACCCAUUGCCACAAACUCUCAGAAGUACAAAAACAACCCACGCACUAGCUCCUGACCUCUAAACACAUUCCAACACAUUUUAAUGUAGAUACAAGUUCAUGAUCUCUCUUUUAACACAAUAAAAUCAGAACAGCAUCCCUUAGUUAUCUGAUUUUCUGUGUAUUGUAGGCCUCACUUAUUCUGAGGGGAUGAAUUCUUAGCUGUCAUCAAAAAAUCUACUCAUAUUUGUGAAACCCGCUGAAAGUGAUUGUCGGUUAAACCAGCAACCUAAAAUAGCAUCUAUCGAUAUUCAGAUAAGACGGUAAAAUGUAAAUACAGUUUUCCCAACAAAUGAAGAUUACAUAAACCACAAUUAGGUGGUUACCACAUCAACCAAGGGUUCUUUUGAGGUUGGAAAGUUGUAGUAGCAGCUUUGAAGUUUUCUUCAUGUACAUUUUGAAGUAAUAUUGAAGUAGAUAUUUGCACAAAUCUCAAAUGUACAUGCAAGUAGCUAUAAUCCACCUGACCAUAUUAUCAUUGAAGUUGCUCAAAUGACAAUAAUAAGAAACUGAUGAAAUGAAUGAAACUGGAAAGAAUAAAAAAGCUCAAAGGAUGACAACAGUUGGAGGGGAUUUUUGUCUCGGAUGUCUUUUUACCAUGAACAAGUAGCAGACUAAUGUAAAGUGGCAGCAUCACUGCCGAGGUUUCAACGACAAACCACAGAAACUGUCUUUUUGUCACAACCUCAUCUCUCUCUUUGUUGUCGUGUUUGGUCUAGAGACUAUAGUAAUAUCCAUACUGGGGCUUUAGAGGAUCAAAUAGGUGCUUUUUGAAAUUAUACUGAUUCAACUUACUCACUCAACAACAAGAAAUAAACUGUCAUACUGAGGCCAGUGGAAGGAAUACUGAGAUGUUUGGGUAUAAGUGUCCGUCAUGUUACUCUUACAUAUUUCUUGAUGACUGUGGUGUCAGAUUAGGGAAAUUACCUAUCUA